AUUUGGUGCAUAUGAUGCCACGAUGCCUUCGGUCAACCCCAUAUUUUCGACUAUCCAAGUGAUUAUAGGAUGAAGAAAUUAGGGCGGCGGUGUUAAUUUGAUAUAAAUGCAUCUCUCUUAGAAUUUGAUUUGGUUAAUUUACUUCCAGGUAAACUACCAGUGUUUGUUCCGUCAAUUCACAAUCUUCCCCUCUUUCCUCAAUAUGCUUCGUCGUUUUGAGUAAUCGAUUUUCACAGUCGCCGCUCCCCAUGGCACUUCCUCUCGGCAAGGUCGCAUUCCUCUUCGGAACCGGCGUUGUGGUGUCAGCACUUGCUAAAGAAUCAAAUGCAGCUGAUUAUCUCUCAGGUGCCUUCAAGAUUUUGUGGAGACAACUCAAGCAAGAUAAUUCAAAAAAUUCAAAUCUUAAGCCUCGUAGUGAUGCUUUGUUGCAGCAGGUCAAUAGCUUGCGAGAGGAGCUGCAGCUCUUGGCAUCUAAUAAUAGAUCUAUAACCAUUGUUACUUCAGGUGGUUCAGGCUCAAGUGGUAGAUAUGGCUUGAUCAUUGUUGUUGUGGUGGUUGGAUAUGGAUAUAUUUGGUGGAAGGGCUGGAAGCUACCUAAUUGGAUGUUUGCAACCCGGCGUGGCUUAAAUGAUGCCUGCUCUGCUGUGGCCAAACAGCUUGAGGGGGUUUACACUUCAAUUUCGGAAACAAAAAAACAUUUAUCUUCUCGAAUCAACCGUCUUGAUUCCAAAGUAGAUGAGUGUGCUGACAAUACAGCUGCAAUUAGAGAGGAGGUUUCUGAAUUUAGAGGGGAGGUGAGAACACUUGGUAAUGAUCUUGAAUCAGUUACCUUUGUUGUCCAAAAUCUGGAGACCAAAAUUAGUAGAAUAGAAGGGAGACAGAGGGAGACAAACUUUGUCCUGGGAAAGUUGAUUGCUUAUUCAAGAAAUUUAGAAAAAAGUGAAGGCAUGGAGCAGAUUGAGGCAUCUGCGUCAUGUUCAAUCAAUACUGCUCUUGAAUUUCCAGCAGCAACUCCGACCCUUCUUGUUGAAUCCACUUCCUGUUCAACUGUUGAACCACCAUCUCCAUUUUCUUCCAAUGGAUAUGAGAAAGGCUCCCUGCAUAGAGGUCUGUCCACUGGUGCAAAGAUUCACCAUGGAAUAUCAGAUGUGGUAGGGUUGAUCGGUGGAGUCGGUCCUCACAUCCAAAAUACACAUUCAACAACAGAAGGGGCAAACCCUCAACAUUCAAAUUCAACUUUUGGUUUGUCUGGACGCACACUAUCUGCCAAUGCUGCAAUUCUUACAAGAAGCCGAGGGGCAGUUCAGACUUUCAAUUUUUGAUCGAAGGUAUAUUCUUAAUGCAUGUGAGGAGAGGUUCCUGGUCUUGACAUCUUAGUUUUACUGCCCCAAUCUGCGAAUGAUGGAGCUCAUGCCACCGCUUGUUCUCUUUUGCAGCUGAUUUUUCCUGAGCCGGAGCUUGCAUGCAAGGCUGCAAAGCAUGUUAUAGUGUUAAUUUAGAGUUCAAGUGUGUUUUUUGUCAACUCGAGUAGAUAUGAUAAAGCAGAAAAGGUGGACCUAAGGUUGAAGUAGACGUGUGCCAACCCUUUCUUUAGAAAGCAUCCUUGGUAGUUGACUAGUUUGGUACAUUGCAUUAUUUAACUGGGUAUUUUGUUUAGGGAAAAAUAUUUAAAAUACCCGGUGUUUUUAUUUAGGUGUUUUUAUUUAGGAAAAAGUAUUUAAAAUACCCCAAACUUUGAAGGGGUGUGAGAUAAACACCUCAAACUUUCAUAUGUAAUUUAAAUACCCCAAACUUUUUAUAAAAAGUUAUUUUAACACUAUGGUCAUGUUCACGGCUA